AAUGAAUCAAUAAGUGCAACAAUAUCAGCAAUAAAUUCUGCUGCAGCGGCCGCGGUAAGCGCGGGAACCAGUGUGGCGGGAACAACAAUGAGUGCGUUAAUGGCAGACGGUUAUGCGGUCACGUGCGGUAUCGAAAUAGAAAAUUGGACAAAAUACGUUUUAGCUUUUCCUAUUGCUCACGUAAAGGGAGGAACUCUUUCGUCUCCACCUGUGACAAUAUUACCGGCAAAGAAAGAGGUGAUGAUAUCUCACAAAGCUUCUGGUACCGCUACAGGUGUUUACGGGACUGCGUCUUGGCUCAUAGAAUCGACAGCUGUUAGUCAGCAACGUCGACUUGUUGUCAUGUGGUCAGCACCGUACGACUUUAACAUUCACAGCAACACCCUUGCUGUAGGAAUAACAACUCCAGGACAAACGUCACAUCCGGUAGGACCAACAUGGUUCGACAAAAUGUAUUAUGAUGAGAAGGUCGCCAUAUUGCCGUAUAUAAAGAAAGAGUUUGUCCGCGAUUUCUCACCAAUCAUCUUUGAGGACGCUGAGUACCAGGAAGUUCCUACAAUGGGAUCCAGUCACUAAGCUCAAGUCAAGAUUCAUAUCAGACCGAAGAAAUUUGAAGAUCUUGUUGCGAAUAUAAAAAGCCAGAUUCAAAAAAAAUAAUUUUUAAACAGUUUUAAUU